UUAGGUAAUUUUAGAUACGGGAUUUGAAGAUCGUCAAAUUGUGUGUGCUGUGUUUUUUGAAAAUUAAGGUGAGUCAGAAAUGCUUAGAGAUAUCUUGAUCAUUGACCGCAGAAUCGAGUCAUCGAAAUUUAUGCUCCAAAUGAGUCUUUUCAAAAAAAGAAUAUCACUUUUGCUAACUCACAUUUUUCGUUGUUAUUAAAAAUAUUUUGUUUUCCAUUUCAGUAGACUGCCAGUCGCAUGAUAUAUUAGAUUUAUAGUUUCAAUGCACUUGCACGUUUUCAAUGAAGUUCAAUUGAAUCUGUUUCGUGCAAAUUGUAAAGAAUAAAUCAUGCACACGCAGAAGUUUGAACGAUAAAUGAAAAAAUCGUGGAUUCGGCCAUCGUCUCAAACUCGUUAAAUAUUUUCUGUUUUACUUUGCUUGCUUAAUUUUUUUUUUUUCUUUUUUUUUCCAAUUCACUUCAACACCACACAGAGAAAAUACAGCUAGCAGAAUGACGUCCAAAUUAAAAAUAUUCCGCAAACUCUAACGCCCGCUCUCAUUUAAACUGGAAACAAACUGGUAUCAGGUAUGUAUACGUCGCGGUCAGUUUCAGCUGCCAAUUUUCUUUCCUACCAUUUCUAUAGAGGUUAUUAUGUGAAAACAAUAUCGUCAAUAUCAAACGAAAAUAUGACGCAUAAAAGUGACAUGCGCCGAACUUCGCAAGUUACUGUCUAAAUAUCCUCGAGAAGAAUUUCGUUUUAUAAAUUUUCUCGCCCUUCCUCGUUAGAAAAUCGAGUUUUUGACGGUGUUUUCAGAGAUUACGUAAAUUUCGGAGCCCGAGUCUCACGUCGACGAAUUAUUCAAAUAAAUUUCGACCAGGUACCAGUGGCUGAGGGACUCGUGCCGCUGGAAACAGCUCCAAGAACACCUUGACGUGGCGGAAGAUCAUGAAUCCGUCUGGCCCGCGAUCCAGCCGAUCGUCCGUUCAAUCUCUGGCUCAAUCACCGACACCUACAAUCUCCCCAUCUCCGUCUCCGUCACCCUCCCCGUCUCUUACUCUGCCUCUGGCUCAUCAGCAACAACAACUACAGCCGCAGAUUCUUUACGGACCGAUAACGGCGUUGCAACCUAAUUUCACGACCGCGUUGCAUACCCCGUGUAUUUAUUCGUCGGCUCGUAGCGUCGCGGGCGCAUCCGGCUCAGCAACCCUUCAAGGUAAAAACGCCAAAUGGCAGGGAAAAUGUAAGGCUUCGAGGAGUAACCAACAGUUUCAUGGUCAGCCCGCUCAAUCUGGGCAUAUUUCGUACACCGGAAAACCUUUGGUGUUGUACGACCAGACUCAGAGCGGAACGCCGGCGUCGACUUCGUCGUUUCUCGUAUCAUCUUCGACUUUUGCACACGGGCAAUUUCCACCGGAACCGUACGGUGCCCCGAGCGUUGCGGUUGUGCCUCCGCAAUACUUCAAACCACCGGAAGUUCAGACUUUCUGCCUAGUUCAAGACCGCCAACAACCCCCGCAGCACAACUCCUACUACAAUAUCUCCGCUACGAACACCUGUAGCCUGCAAGCAGUAAAUUCCACCCCCGGCUUUCAACUCUCGAAUAUCGCCCCUUACGCCGUCGCCGCAUUUCCAAAUAACCAAUUAACACCACCCUCCGUACCCGUUCAAUCCGCCCAAAUCUUUCAAACCGCACCGCUGGGUUUGGUUUUUGGUCCACCGCCCAGGGAAAAGCACAACAAUACCUCAAAUCUGGAUGUGUCAUCGUCGGCGAAAUGUCUCAGAAGUAGAGUACCUGUUGCGAGUGGGAGUCCCAAGAUACCGGCGAUAUCCCACCUUCGGCAAAAUAACGAGUGGCCCCCACCGAUCGUUGGUACCGCAACGUCAACCCCCUCCGCCAUCGGCGGGUGUUCCGGUAACGCUGCUCUUUCAUCCGGCAGCGCAGUUUUCGAUAAUUGCAAAAGUCCCCAAGGUGAUCCGGAGAAAAAAUCGUGUUCCUCGUCCGCGCUGAAGCUUCCGGACGAUCGCUACUCGGACGAGUCGUCGGCAAGUUUCGACUUUGCCAUCGAAGCGGAAAAAAUGGUAUCCGCCUUAUGCAACACCGCUUCCUCGAACGACCUUGGUGGUGCUUCGAGCAGGGAGGAGACCAGAAAAACCGAAACCAACUAUUUCAACGGAGCCGGAGACAAUGUGGCCAACAAGGGGGAUUGGAUCGCCGAUUACGCGAUGGAAUAUUCUCCCAGAACAGUCGGAGACUCUCGUAACGCGGAAACUCAGACACAACCGAAUCAAGGUUUCACGCAACAGCUACCAGAACUGAUACGCAAGACCGCGUAUUGGGGGUGCACCGAAGCUGAGAACGUUCUGAACGCGGUAAAACACCAGGAUCCGAAGCAGGCCUGGCUAUCGAAUGUAUCUUCCGCAACGCGAACCGCCAUUACGAAAUCAUCAACAUGUUUCCCAAUAUUUUCGGGGGACAGAGCCUUCGUCUGCGACAUGAUAAACGCUCUUCUUAGGAUAACGAACGGUUGGCUCGUGCUGGACAAUUAUCUGAACAAGCAGCACUAUCCGAAUUUGAUUGACAAAUACGACCCGGAGCUAGCGAGAGGGUUCCAAGAGUGGGAAGGCAGUACUCACGAGUUACUUCGCAACGUUAUCCAGACAUUUUUGAAACUUGACGAAGCGAACGCGACAUCCGGAUCGCAAAACGACUCGCAGAAUGGCUCCUUUCCGGGCGACGUAUCUCUUUACACGAACGCCGAUAUUUUUUGUCCCUACCAGCAGUCCGGCUGCCAGAAUCGUUCGGACGGUAAUUUUCUUCCGUCGGUUUCUUCCCUCCAACAAACUCAAGAAUCUGCGUUCGGUGUACACUACGCUCCGCAGUCGACAGGAGCGCAGAACAUUCGGUACUUCAAUACUCAACUGAGCAACAAAGAGACAAAAUUACGGAGCAAGUGGACGAUAACUGAAAGCUUAGCAACGGCCAUAGAUGGAACAUGCAAAUCCGUCUCUGACAUGAGCACGUCACACGGUGAAGCGGGUUUCGGUGCUAGCAAAUUUCGCGCAAAAAGCAACUCUUCUUCGAGCAAAAGUCUCUCCCGUCAGUCUCUGAACGCUGAGUUUUUUGACCUGAGGAAUAAGGUGAUGGAGAGCAAUUCAACGGACGUUGGAAAACAGUGGAACACGAAUGCUGACUCUAGAGGAAAGUCGGAAGUCUUGUUUGGGACGAAAAUCUCUAAAGGAGUAGAGCCAGUUUACGAUGCGAAUUCAUCUUACUUCGCGAAAUCACACGACGUUACGUACGACGUUACGGGGAUAGCAAAACCGUAUCUGCAAGGGAUCGAUUCAAUUUUUCAUAACGAAACUCCAGGGGUGGCGCCGAGUCGUUUCGAAAAAAAUUCCAUCGGCGGUGAGUCAAAUUUGUUCGGAAAAUCCCGCGUUAAUACGAAUUACAGAAACAAGCCUUUGAAAAACGGGGAUCAAAAUUACGCGGUUAAAUUAUCGAGGAAUUCGAACGACUCGUCCGGUUUGGGAAAAUUGACCAACGAUCAAAGGGAAAUGGCUGCGGUGCCGAGGACCAAGAUGACUCUCUUGAGUCAAAUAGAGCCGAGCCCUUCGUCCGGUAAGAAACCAGAGGAGAUGGCGGCCAACCUUACGGCUUGGUUCGCCAGCAUGAGAACUUCCAAUCCAAUUCUUACCACGUGCUCGAUCGGGGGUUCGGACAACCGUCUUUCGGAAAGUUUCAGGUCUUUGCAUUCUCAAGGAUUAUCCAGGAGCACCAUAGACCUGACGCGGCAGCUCUACAUGGAUCCGAACAGGCAGUUACAGACCAUCCAAAAUAUGCAGAGCAUACAAAGCGCACCGUGGAAUGCUUGUAAUUUGAUUAACAAUCGAAACCACAACGUACAACAAGUCGAGGAAUACGACAGCUCCGAGGAUGUGCGAGUCUACAUGAAGCCCGGCAGUUACAACGUGCCGAAAAAAAGGCACCAGAAACGCGCCAACAGACGCUCGGAUUCUCAAUCCCUCUCCAAAAAUCCAUCCAACGGUGUUACCCAGAACAAUCACCCGGUGAAGGACAAACUUGAUAAUUUUGGAUCCGCGACCACCAUGGGAUUCCCUUUUCCAGGAAAUUCUUCAACUUUAGAAAAUUCACCACGAUUAAUUGAGAGCGCCAUAGCUCCUUCGUCUCAGGAAUUUCCUCAGGAUAUUACCUGGAAGGCUGCGUGCGCGUCCGCCGAAAUACUGUUGGAAGCCUUAAACGUGAAGGAGGGUGAGUCAGGAUUGAUCGAAGUCAAGGGAAUCACCGCACAAGUUAACCAGAAGGUGAAAUGCGAAGGCGAUGGAGCUUCCAGUUACGAAGCUUCGGAAGACGAUUCCGGAUCGACCGGCAAGUUGUCAUCUUCCGGUUUACAGUCCAAGGAAGGAAAAGUUAACAAAACGAAUGUCAAGACGGAUUCCUGGCUAAUUCGGACACUGAACAACGCGAGUAUCAAGCAGAGACAGGAACCAGACAUGGACAGUUCAGAGUCUUUCAACAGUUCGAUACACGAGGAUGAAUUGACGACUGAAAAUUCCAUUGAAAAGCUCGACAGCACCUUGGGACAUAGUGAAGAGCCGAGAGACGAAGAUCAGACCGGCGAUUUAACGGAGGGCAAUGCCUGCAGAGCAACUUAUUCGGAAACGGUACGACGCUGUGCAUCUGGCAACGGAUCGAAGGAACCCUGCAGGUCGCGACCUCAAAAGCUGACACUCGGUAGCAUUUGCGCCACAGGGAAUUCGAUUCCGACUCGAAAAUCUCAGCGCAAAGAAAGCGAACGACCAUUUUUGAGUCACAAGUCGAGAAAAUCGAUCGGUAAGAAAAUCGCAAAGGAUGCAGAUGCACAGGGUCAGCAGAACGAGGAAAGCUCGUCUAAGGGGAAGGUGGCGAAGGAAGACACAACGCGAUUACCCGCUUCGAAAGGACACGGGAAAAAAAAGGAUGGGGGAAACACAAAUUCCGGAGAACACGGUAAAAACAAAAGCGGCGACAGGGGUUGGUCAGUUUGGUACAGCUCUCGAAGAAGACAAAGUCUCAGUCCGAUGGCCUCGAGAAAAUUGGAAACGAUUCACCAAACAAUUUGGGGACUGAAGGAAGCGGAAAUGUUCAAAUAUCCUCCCUCUAAUUCAACGAUGACCAAUAAUUCUUCGGAAUCGAUCGUAGAUUACUACAAAGUCAUCAAAAGUCCGAUGUUUCUUGAAACUAUUGGAUACAAGUUGAAAAACAACAUUUAUCACAAAGUUGAACACGUGAUACGAGAUUUCAGGAAGAUCAUCUUCAACUCGAAAAUGUAUCACAAGCAUGAUCUCGAGUGCAUGGCGCAAGUAGAAACGUUAUCUAAAAAAUUGGACACCCUCUUCGACGAACACUUUGCUAACUGGGAUUUCGAGAAUAUAACCGGAAGUCCCCGCGAUGGCAACGGAUCGCCAAUUCCACCUCGGUACAAACUUCCAGUUCAAAAAUCGCAACGCUCAGUCAAUACGAAAAAGAGUCCAUCGGUAUCAACGACCACGGCAGAAAAUUGAAUAUAUCCCGAACAGACAAUAUUUUACGAAUUAUCAACUUUCGUUAAUAAUUUUUAUUUUUCGCAUCAAUUUUAGGUAUAAGACGUUCCGUCCAAAUAUCGUUUGUACGCCAAUUCGUUCGUAUCUUUAUUCGAUUACCUCAAUAAUUAGUAAUAUUAUUCUUAUUAUUCACAGUAGUAAUUAAGUAGUAAUUAUUACGCAAUUGUGAAGACCUAGCUUCCAUCAAGCGUUGAAAGAAAAAUUCGUCAUCUAUAUUGCUUGUCAGUUUUUGCUUGAGGCAAAUGAUCGUGGAAUUUCAUUACGAUAAUUGUUGAUAUUCUCAAAGAUUUUCAAGUGAUUUAAAAAAAAAUCAGCAUAAAUAUACGCGCCAAAUAACGACGUCGAGAAUCAUACCAACAGAUAAAGCAGACGAAAAAACACUGCUUUUGAAAAACGACUGAUCGCCAAGAAAACGAUAACAAUAGUUAUGAUUACUAUUACGACAGCGAUAGCGGUAGCAAUAAAACUAAUGAGAAUAAUUUACAAUCAUUAUUUGAUAAUAGUUAUUUUUUACACGUACUGUUACAUCGAUUAGAAUCAUUGUGUUAUCUUUUUUUCUGUUUUUUUUUUCUAUUUUUUACUUGGUAUAUGUGUGUGCACCACUUAUUGUAUUAUGAGUUUAUUACAUAAUUAGCUGCAACUAUUUUGAGUUUGGAUUUGAUAAGACAAUUCUCUUAUCGCCAAAUACUUGUUGGAAUGAUUUAUUUAUUAUCAACAUUUUUUCUUUCUUUCUAUUCCGCAUGCUGAAAUAGAUAAAAAUCUGGUAAAUAACAAAACAUGGUAACAAUAUUGCAGGUAUCGUUUAAAUUAUUUUCCGGAUAUGUUGAGAAAGAAUCUUUCAGUUGUGGUAAAGAAAA